UGUUAAUUGAUUAAAUAUGCAUAUUUAUUCAAUGGUAGCAGACAUAUUCCGUGGACAAUAUUAUCGGGCAAUUUUGUCCUUCAAAGGGUGAGAGGAGUCGGAGUUGUAUAGCUUUUGCUCUGGGGUCCCAUAAUCAUCCGCCAUUAACAAGGAUUUUGAUUUUUAGCUAAAAAGGACCAGACAUGUCUGGAAUUAUAGGUCGAAUAAUGGCCAAUAGAAGGAUUUCUGAUUUGAACAAGUUCUUGGUGGGAAGUAGAGUAUUUGCAUCUAGAACUUACUCUUCCGCAGUUAAAGAGAUGACAGUGCGUGACGCAUUAAAUUCAGCUCUAGAUGAAGAAAUGUCUGCGGAUCCUAAGGUCUUCGUUAUGGGGGAAGAGGUUGGUGAGUACCAGGGUGCCUAUAAGAUUACAAAGGGGCUUCUGGCAAAAUAUGGUCCGCAAAGGGUUAUCGAUACACCAAUUACUGAGGCUGGAUUUACUGGAAUUGGAGUUGGUGCAGCUUACCAUGGUCUAAGGCCCGUAAUCGAAUUCAUGACAUUCAACUUUUCCAUGCAGGCAAUAGACCAUAUUAUCAAUUCUGCUGCAAAAUCAAACUACAUGUCUGCUGGUCAGAUAUCUGUGCCCAUUGUUUUCAGGGGUCCUAAUGGUGCUGCUGCUGGUGUCGGUGCCCAACACUCUCAGUGCUAUGCGGCAUGGUAUGGUGCGUGUCCGGGAUUAAAGGUACUAGCUCCAUACUCUUCCGAAGAUGCUCGUGGCUUGCUAAAAGCUGCUAUCAGGGAUCCUGAUCCUGUUGUGUUUCUGGAAAAUGAAUUGCUGUAUGGUGAGUCUUUCCCUAUUUCCGCUGAAGCUCUUGAUUCUAGUUUCUCCCUCCCCAUUGGAAAAGCUAAGAUAGAACGCGAAGGGAAGGAUGUGACCAUCACUGCCUUCUCAAAGAUGGUUGGCUAUGCGAUCAAGGCUGCUGAACUUCUUGCCAAGGAAGGAAUUAGUGCUGAGGUUAUAAAUCUGCGCUCGAUCCGACCACUUGAUAGACCUGCCAUUAAUGCAUCUGUGAGGAAAACCAACAGACUUGUAACUGUUGAGGAAGGAUUUCCACAACAUGGUGUUGGCGCUGAAAUCUGUGCAUCUGUGGUUGAGGAGAGCUUUGAGUAUCUUGAUGCACCAGUUGAGAGGAUAUCAGGUGCUGAUGUUCCUAUGCCAUACGCUGCUAAUCUUGAAAGACUGGCUGUUCCACAGGUAGAGGACAUCGUUCGUGCAGUCAAGAGGGUUUGUUACCGAUCAAGUAAAUAAAUCAGUUCCAAUGGCUGCAGCUGCUUAGGCUUGGUCCAACGAGGCCUUGAUUGUUCCGCCUAUGAGCGUAUGCUUUCAGCCAUCUUCUGUAAAACCAGCCAAACUGGAAAACUAACGAAUGAAAUCUGCUGCCAGAUUUUUCGGCCACGAAAGGAAAAUAGUUCUUGUAGAAAAUAAUAUUUACAGCUUUUUUCCCUUCAAGAAAAUGUUGUUACAAGAGAAUACAUGCGUUCUGGGCAUUAUCGAACUGGUGUGCCAAUGAUUUUUUCUUUUUUUGUCUAAUCAUCUCUUUAACUGGUGUUGUUGCUAUAAAAUGUUAAAGGAACAACUCCUCUUGGUGGAUAUGCGACAUGACUCAUAUCUAAUUAUGUUUUA